ACAGCGGCGGGGAGGGGGGAGAGGAAAAGGUACCGGGGCUCAAGUUGUAGCCUCUGACCCAGAAGCGCGUCUUAGAAACAGAUAAGGAGCUUGGCACGUUGGAUGGAGGAAAUGGCACCUCCUUGAAUGCAGGUGAGUUGCGAGAGCGCGCGGAAUGCUUGCUAUCUCGAGGAAAUGGGCUCUUCUCAGUCUUGCACAGGUUUGCCCUGUCCGGGUCUCUCGCCCCACUAUCUGGCUCCUUUCCCACCUCUUUUUCUCGCGGAGGCGGAUGGAUAUCCUGUUGUUCAAGUAAGGAAGGUUAAAGGAAGGAGGGAGGGAGGGAGGGAGGGGAAGAAGAAAGAACUGCAGCCCCCGUUUCUUUGCUCAGCAAUAAUUGAGUUGCAAGCAUAGGACAUCAGGGUUAGCCGAAGAUAUUGUGCGGGACGCUUUUCAUUUCAAGCCGAGCACCGCAGCCUUCGACCUCGGUUGUGCUGCGCUCGUGUUGACAUGCCAGAGCACAGAUAUGGAAGGCAGACCCUGCAAUAUCAUGGAACGAUAUUGCUGCAGAAGAAUUUGGCAGUGUUAUACCUACCUGACUUGCAUCUAGCAAAUUUCCUAGGCUGCUGUAUUUUUCAAGUUAAUUUUAAAUGAAAGCAAAUUAGGUGAUUGGGUUAUAGGAUAACCGCCCCGCCCCCCAGCAAAAGGAAUAGCGGGUGAUGAGAUAUUUGCUUCAGAAUUUGUGAAUGAGUUGACACUUUCCAAAGAGUUGCUGAUUUGCAUUCAUUUAAAAUAAAGUACAAAAUCAUGGUAUAGUGUGACAACAUUCAAUUUGACCUUACAUAGGUAGGGUGAUGGUAUUUUCAGUGAGAAACUAAGUGAAAAAUUGGACACUUCAAUAAAACUGAAAAUGUGAACAUUGUAUUCCUUCCUGCUCCCAGAAUUGAUUAAGUUCUAUGAUGUCAGAAGAAAAUUAUAAUAAACCUCAGAUAUUGUGACAUCAUAAACAUAUUGGCUUGGAUCAAAAUAUGUUAACUUUAAAGGAAUUCAGAGAAGGAAUUCCUCCAAUUUAGCCCCUGCCCCAGAUUGUUUAAAGGCUCCGCUGAUCCCAAAGCAAUACUUUUGGGGGGAUCACAGGUGGUUAUAGGGAAGAGGAAGGAAUGAGAUACUUUCCUAUUGUACAGUUCCUUAUGUAUUCUUCGUAUCCUAGCCAUUGAUUUCCUUUUUACCAGCAGACUGGAAUGAUUCUGUACUAACGCAAACAGGAACUUGAUAAGGACUGUUCACAAGAAUAUGUUGUAAAGAAUUAUUUCUACUACUACCUGUUCAGGAUUUCAGCUGCAAUGGGUCAAGAGGUUUUCUACAUCACAUUCCUCCCGUUCACUUACUGGAGCAUUAACCCCUAUGUUGCCAGAAGGCUGAUACUUAUGUGGUCCGUGGUUAUGUACAUUGGCCAAGUCUCAAAGGAUCUGCUCAAGUGGCCUCGCCCUUCUUCCCCACCUGUUGUCAAGCUAGAAAAAAGGACCACUGCAGAGUAUGGAAUGCCAUCCACACAUGCAAUGGCAGCAACCGCCAUUUCUUUUACAUUUGUGGUUACAACUGUGAACAAGUACAAGUACCCACUUGAACUAGGACUGCUGGGAGCCUUCUUAUUUUCAACUCUGGUAUGCCUCAGCAGAAUUUACACUGGAAUGCACACAUUUUUGGACGUGAUUGUUGGCAGCCUGAUCUCAGCCAUAUUAACUGCUCUGGCUUAUCCAACUUGGGACCUCCUGGAUCACCUGAUGCUGACCAGCCCCUGGUGCCCCCUGUUCUGCAUCGUUGUCCCACUCAUCUUAUGCUACAACUACCCCAAACUGGAUUACUAUAGCCCUACUAGGGCAGACACAACCACUAUUCUGGGAGCUGGAGCUGGAGCAAUUACAGGGUUCUGGAUAAACAAUCGCUACGUUUCAAAUGUUUCCGCUGAAGAAGCGACACACAGCACCCCUUCUGUCACUGGCGAAAUGCUCUUGAUGGUUCUUGCACAGUUUUUGGUGGGAAUUGGUGUACUGCUGAUUAUACGGCAGGUCAUCAAAAGCCUGGCUCUUAAAUCACUGUGUUCUUGGUACAAGGUUUCUAUUAAUGACAUUGAAGCUAUGCAGCAAAUAGAAAUUGAAGUGCCCUAUAAAUUUAUAACCUAUUCUUCCAUCGGCCUGAGUGCUACGGUGCUUGUGCCAUUGCUGCAUAAAUUAUUGGGCUUAAACUGAAUGCUGCACGCUUUUCUUUAAGAAGCAGUCCAGAUUAUAGGGUGCAAUAAAAAUGCACGCAGAAGCAAAAACUUGAGCAGCAAAGUGUUGUGCCUUCCUGCGUAGCUCUACAACAGGCACCCCCAAGCUGCAGCCCUCCAGAUGAUCUCCCAUGAUCCCUAGCUAACAGGACCAGUGGUCAGGGAUGAUGGGAAUUGUAGUCCAAAACAUCUGAAGGGCCGAAGUUUGGGGAUGCCUGCUCUACAACAUAGAUAAUAGUGGAGAUCUAAACUGAAUUUCCAAUAAUUUUUGUUCGCUGCACUCUUUUAACAUGCUGUGGCUGCUUCAGCGUCUAUGGCUGUCUGAGCUAAACAUUUAGUGCGACUAGAAGCCUGCCAUGACAGUCAGUCAGAUCUGUUCUUCCUAGAUCUGGUGGUUUGAAGAGUUUCUUUGGGGUUGUCAAACCUCAAAAUAAGCCCUUCAAGGGAUACAGCCAGAUCAGGGUAGUUGGAGAAGAGCCUCCUUUUUAAAGAAAACAAAGCAAAACUACAAAGUGAUUAUCUUUACAAGCUUAAUCGAGAGGAAGAUAAGCACUCUCAGGGAGAAAUAAGAUGCUGCAUACAAGGAAGCUGGGUUGGCACUGAAUCUGGCUGCCCAUCUAGCAGGAUGAAGAACACUGAAGUCAUAUCUUGGAAAACAGACUCCCAAUCAUACAAAUUCACACGUAUGGGUAUAAUUAUGUUGUGUUCUUAACAUAUCCAUGUUAUUAAAUUAAGCUGUGUCAUGUCUGAAGCUGUGUUCUGGUAUGCUAUGGCAUUGGCCCAGAAUGCUGAAAACAAUCACUGCUGCUGCCAAGAAAUGAAUUGCAAGGACCAAGUAAACUGAUGGCAAGUGCAAAUGUGAUUAAAGAUUUAUUUAUUUUUAACUAAUAACAAAGUUAGAUCUUCAUGUCCUCUUUCUUUCCACUAAUUGCUCUUGUGCAAAGCGGUAUUUCCCAUUGGCAAUGAAGGCUCCAGCAAGAACUGUGAAACAACUGUUGCCCUUUUUGGAGCUUGAGGACAGGAUGAAACUAGCAUUGGUCUGACUUUGGCUCUGCCCUUCCAAGUGUUGGUAAAUUGCUAUCUGCCUGCUGCUUUGCAUAGAUUCCCACUGUAGGGAAGCAAAUAGAGCACACUUAUCAGAGCCUUUAAAUGAAAUGCUGCUUAGACAUGCAGAUUUGAGAAUUAACUGGAGUCUAAAUGUUAACCUAACUUUAAUAUAAACAAAAAAACAACAACCCAAACUAGGAAUGGCUUAGGAUGGGAGAGGGCUAUUCUGCUCAUGUCUUGCCCAUGGGUUUCCUAUAAAGGCAUCUGGUUAGCCACUGUAAGAACAGAAUCUUUGAACUAGGAGAUCCUUCUGUCUGAUCCAUUCAGACUGUUCAUAUAUCCUUAAGCUUCAGUAUUACACCAAGGGUAUAACUCCUACUUAUAGUCCUGGAAUUUGAACUUGUCCUAUAAGAAAUACAGGGCUCUCAUCUUUCCCGCCAUGCUCAUUCUUUAGAGAACAUGUUCUGUAAAAUGUGGGGGUUGCAUGAAGGCACAGACCUGAAGCCCACAGGGAUUCUAAUGUCAAUACAGAAUUUCCCUGGAGCAGAAUUUUACAAUGUAAGUGGGGUUCUCUUCUACAUGCUAAAGUAGACGCACUUGCAAGGGAGUGCUGGCAUAUAUGGUAUACUUGCUAAACCCCCCAAUCUGCAUCUAAAUUGGAGGUGAAUCUGUUGAGCUGGUAGGCAAGAAUAUGGGUUGUAAGAGAAUAUAAGAGCCCCUCCCAUCUGCCAGCUACUUGUUGCUCCGCAUUCUCAUCUCAGCAAAAUGUCGGUGCAACAGCAAGCUUGCACAGAAAUGUGUGGUUGUGUCCCUGGACAGGUAUAUAUACAUACAUAUACAGGUAUAGGUAUGUAUGCGCAAAUAAAUUUAUGUGUGUCCGCCGUUGCAAUGGCUUCAGAUUUAGCUGUAGCUCUAAAACUGCUCUUUUAAAUGCAUCUAUUUUAUUUUCUUUAUGAUCACAAAUAUAUGCUGCGAUUUAUAAACCACAACCUGCACAAUUUCUAUUUUUGUAUUGUUUUACUGUAAGUUGUAAAGUGUAUUCUGAAAAGUCUGACUUUUAUUCAAACUUAAAAUGUUUCCAGAAACUAUUUUUUAUUAAAACUUAUUUUGUCACAUACAUUGCAAGUGUAUUAUAUAAAGUAGGAGGCUACUAUGGAGCAGGCAGGCAUAAAUACCAAGUGGGCAGAAGACUGAAGGGCAACCCACUAUUUUCAUGCAUCAGAUUUUUUGUUCAUAGAACAAUAGCAUCGUAGAGUUGGAAGGGGGUCAUUUAGUCCAACUCCCUGUAAUGCAGGAAUCCCAACUAAAG